GACAGCUGAGUGAGAAUGGCAAGCAGCAAAGUUUGUCUGGUGGCAGCCCUGAGCUGCUUCCUUUUAUUUACUGUCUUUUACAACAGCACAGAGUCAGCCAGCUGCUGUAUGAGUUACUCAAAACGCCAACCAUCCUUGAAUAGGAUUUUGGGCUACAACAUUCAGCCCAUCACUGGAUCCUGUGACAUCAGAGCCAUCAUUUUUUUCUAUAAGGACAAACAACAAAGAAACAGGUUUUUGUGUGCAAAACCUUCAAAACCAUGGACCAUGAUGGCAAUGAAGCAUGUCGAUGACAGGAGGAGGAAACUUGAUUAGAUCCUUCAGAAGAAACCAUUCAGCCCUGUCUGCAAAAGCCUGGUGAAGACAUCAGCACUGCAAAUUUUAGUCUGUCAGAGAAGAUUAUAGACGAUACAUGUACAACCUCUCAUUCUGCUCUGGCUGUAUGAAUGUAUGACUUUUUCUUAUAUCUAUUCUGUUUUAUAAACAGUACAGUGUGGUAUUCUUAAUACGCAAAAAACUUGUAAUUAAUACUUGUGUUUCUUUAACAAAAAAUAUAUUUUAAGACUAUUGUGACUCAGAACAUUUGAAAAUUGUUUUGCAUCUACCAGUGUAAUUAAUCUUUGCUGUUGUUGCUCAAAUGUACAUUAUGAACUAUUUUGUCAAAAUAUAAAUGCAAUUCUUUUUCACUUUAAAGUCAACAAUCCUUCAGUCAAUCCCAAUCCCAAAUCAAGGAGGAUGAACAAUCCCAAACAGUCCUUGUUGGUGGUAUGCUGACAUU